GGCACAUUCAAGAAACACAAAACAACAACAACAACUAAAGCGGUAUACACAAAUUGGUCAUGAAUUUAGAACUUUUAGAGUCGUUUGGGCAAAAUUAUCCUGAGGAGUUUGAUGGGGCCCUUGACUGUGUAAGCAUAGCCAUCACCUGUGCCUUCAAUAGACAUGGUACAAUCCUGGCCGUAGGAUGCAACGAUGGCAGGCUUGUGCUAUGGGACUUCCUCACUCGUGGAAUCUCCAAGAUUAUCAACGCACAUGUUCACCCUGUGUGUACGCUUAGCUGGAGCAGGAAUGGCCGUAAGUUACUCAGCGCAGCCACUGACAACACUGUAUCAAUCUGGGACGUGCUACAGGGGGAGGUGGAGAAGACAUUCCAGUUUCCAUCCCCGAUACUGAAAGUUCAGUUCCAUCCCAGAAGCUGUGAGAAGUUCCUAGUGUGCCCGAUGAAACAUGCCGCUGUAACAAUGGACUCUGAGGGAGGUCAUAAACUAGUACCUCUGGAUGAUGAUUCUGACCUGAACAUAGUUGCUUCCUAUGAUCGUAGAGGACAGUACAUUUACACUGGAAAUGCAAAAGGACGAGUGUGUGUAUUUACGGAAGACGGACAUAAAAUGAAGGCUUCUUUUAGAGUUACCACUGGUACAUUAAACACAACAGCAAUCAAGUCUAUAGAGUUUGCAAGGAGAGGAGACUGUUUCCUGGUGAACUCUGCCGACAGAAUCAUCCGUGUCUAUGAGAGCGGUGAGAUACUGGCCUGUGGGAAGGACGGGGAGCCUGAACCCAUACAGAAACUGCAGGACCUGGUCAACAAAACAAUGUGGAAGAAGUGUUGUUUCUCCGGGGAUGGGGAGUUCAUCGUUGCUGGGUCUGCCAAACAGCACACCCUGCACAUCUGGGAGAAAAGUGUGGGAAACCUUGUGAAGAUACUGCAUGGGACUAAAGGGGAGCUACUACUAGAUGUGGCAUGGCACCCAGUGCGUCCUAUCAUCACUUCUAUCUCCAGUGGAAUGGUGUCAGUGUGGGCUCAGAACCAAGUGGAAAACUGGAGUGCUUUUGCACCGGACUUCAAGGAACUAGACGAGAAUGUUGAGUACGAUGAGAGAGAGUCCGAGUUUGAUAUAGAGGAGGAGGGCAAGGAGAAACAUGACCUUAAGGAGGUAGAGGAGGACAUAGAUGUAGAUGUGACAAAAGUGGAGCCAAUACAGGCCUUUGUUAGCAGUGAUGAGGAGGAUGAGAGUGGUGAUGCCCUCAUGUACCUGCCCGUAGCCCCUGAGAUAGAGGAACCAGAGGAGGGCUGGCCCGUCGUCGAGCCGCAGGUACCGGACGAGAGUCAAGCCAGGGGAGACAAGCGCAAGACAUCCCAGACGACGCCCGACUCUGCCAAGAAACCGAAAGUAAAAGCACUGGAUGUGGACUUGGAAAAUGCGCCUACAGGGGAGAUUCACCCGCUAUGGAACACCAAGAAACCAGCCGAGAAAGUGCAUCGCAGACCGAGCACAAAGGGCAACAAGAAAACGGGCAAGUCAGAACGGUCCAAACAUAAAGAUUGAAAAUGAUUUAAACUGCUGUGAAUGGACAUCGAAUCUUAGAUUAUAAGUCCAAAAGUGACAGUAGAAUUUGACGGUAUGACAAUAAGUGUAUACAAACAGUGAGGUUAGUGUAUAACAACAGCAAGCCUGUGACUUGGCCUACGUUAUGUGUGUUUAUGAAAACUUACUAUCAAAACAUAAAUCACUCUGUUUAAAUUGUAUGGAGGUCAUCGCACUGCUGUGAAGAAUUAAGGAUUCAAUACUACAAGGCAUGUGCUAAUUUAGUAUAUUUGUCGCGUUAUGCAAUAAUGGGUUUUAUGCCAUAUGUGGCCAGCGUAGUUCUACACCAACCUGUUCUAUAAAGCCACGAACGUUUUUGGAAUCAUUAGCUGACAGGGUAGCUUCUAACCAGACUGUGUGGAUGUGCAAGCUAAGCUAGUGCUAUGCUGACAGCAUAUGACUUAAGACCCAUUGUCGCAUGACGCGGUACAUAUGUUCCAUAACUAGAGCAAAUGUUUGUAGAAUUAUUUUUUUUGAAACAUGAGGGCGUUGCAUAUUGACAGAGUGGUGAACAAGCGAGCGAUUUAAAUUUAUAAAAAUCUUACAGCCACCCGCUGUAUUUCAGCUCGCAACUCACAAAAACGUUUAGUUGGUAGAAUCAGUACUAGGUUGACCGGGGUUGAUAUUACAAACGCUGCCUGAGUGAUGAUAGAAACCACGGCAUCCAUGUGGCCAUUCCUUAUUCAUCACAGCAACCAUUCUUGUUUAUGCUGUAGUAUGUAUCAGCUUGGUUUUUAUGCCCCCUGUAGGAGGGCAUAUAGUGAUCGGACUGUCCGUCCGUCUUUCCGUCACACUUUGCGUUUAGGUUUCGAAAAAUGCUCAUAACUUCUAUGUCCCUUGAGAUAUAACCUUCAUAUUUGGUAUGCAUGUGUAUGUGGACAAGGCCUUUCCAUAAGCACAAACAUUUUGACCCCUGUGACCUUGACGUUGAACUUAGGGUCUGCGUUUAGGUUUCGAAAUCUGUGUUUAGGUUUGGAAAAAUGCUCAUAACUUCCGUCCCUUGAGAUAUAACCUUCAUAUUUGGUAUGCAUGUGUAUAUGGACAAGGCAUUUCCAUAUGCACACAAAUUGUGACCCCUGUGACCUUGACGUUGAACUUAGGGUCCGCGUUUAGGUAUUGAAAUCUGAGUUUAGGUUUCGAAAAAUGCUCAUUACUUCUAUGUCCCUUGAGAUAUAGCCUUCAUAUUUGGUAUGCAUGUGUAUAUGGACAAGGCCUUUCCAUACGCGCAAAAAUGUUGACCCCUGUGACCUUAACGUUGAACUUAGGGUCCGCGUUUAGGUUUCGAAAUCUGUGUUUAGGUUUCGAAAAAUGCUCAUUACUUCUAUGUCCCUUGAGAUAUAGCCUUUAUAUUUGGUAUGCAUGUGUAUAUGGACAAGGCCUUUCCAUACGCACACAUAUUUUGACCCCUGUGACCUUGACCUUGAACUUAGGGUCCGUGUUUAGGUUUCUAAAUCUGCGUUUAGGUUUCGAAAAAAGCUCAUAACUUCUGUCAAGCGUUUAUAGGGGGCAUAAGUCAUCCUAUGGUGACAGCUUUUGUUACACAAUUUUUAUGCUGCCUGAAAUAAAAUUUAGGCGGAGCAUAUAUGUGCCAGUUUGUCCUUCCUUCCUUCCUUCCUUCCUUCCUUCCUUCCGUCACACUUUUGUUACCGUUUCUCAUAGCGCCUUCAAUACUUUACCGAUCUCUAUCAUAUUUGGCAUGUAGUUACCUUGCAUGGACCUCUACCUUUUGAUAAGGUUUGAGAUCACUGGGUUCAAGGUCACGGUCACAGAGGCUAAUAAUAGAUUUUCCGUCACGCUUUUGUUACAGUUUCUCAUAGGGCCUUCACUACUUUACCGAUCUCUUUCAUAUUUGGCAUGUAGGUACCUUGCAUGGACCUCUACCUUUUGAUGAGGUUUGAGGUCACUGGGUACAAGGUCAAGGUUAUUAAGGCUAAUAAUAGAUUUUUUAGGUGGUUAUCAACACAUAGAUUGACAAAGCGCAUCAUCGGGGAGCAUCCAUUGUUUCCAACGAUACUUGUUUAUUUUGUGAAAAUACAGAAUGUGAUCCGCCUUUAUCUACCAUUAAAUACGAAAUGAUAUUGAA